AGAGCCGUUUGAUUUUGGAUGCUUUUGCCCAGCAGUGCAGCCGAGUCCUCAGUCUUUUAAACUGCGGCGGGAAACUCCUGGACAACCCCCGCCCUGCGCCACUGCCAUCCUGCGUGAAACAAGAGAGCCCGGCUUUUAACGAGAGGCCGGAGCACUGCCAACUUGGCAAAAUGGCCCACAGCCAGACUUCCGAACACUUCGACCUGGAAUUGCAGUACAUGCAGAAGAAGCAGCAGACAUCGGCUUUCCUGAGGGUCUUCACCGAUUCCCUCCAAAACUAUUUGCUUUCUGGAGGUUUCACCACGCAAAACCACACCUCCUCAGCUGGGGAUUUUGGCCCUUUGGCCGACAUGGAGCCCCUCUCCACCUCUCCGGUUCACACGUUGGGGGGAUGGGCUUCUCCAGCGACGUCGGAGUCCCACGGCCACCCGUCGUCUUCCACACUUCCAGAGGAGGAGGAGGAGGAGGAGGAAGGCUACUGUCCUCGAUGCCAGGAGUUGGAGCAGGAGGUCAUUUCAUUGCAACAAGAAAAUGAAGAACUCCGGAGAAAGUUGGAGAGCAUUCCAGUGCCGUGCCAAACUGUUUUAGACUAUUUGAAGAUGGUCCUUCAGCAUCACAAUCAACUGAUGAUGCCUCAGGCGGUGGAGCAGCCGGCAGAGGGGAGCAAGCAAUUGCUGAACAAUUACCCCGUCUUCAUCACUAGCAAACAGUGGGACGAGGCUGUCAACUCCUCCAAGAAAGACGGGCGGCGUCUCCUUCGGUACCUCAUCAGAUUUGUCUUCACAACCGAUGAGCUUAAGUACUCGUGCGGCCUUGGGAAACGAAAAAGGUCAGUGCAGUCAGGAGACACUGGUCCUGAAAGACGCCCUCUGGAUCCAGUGAAAGUAACAUGUCUCAGAGAAUUCAUCCGGAUGCAUUGCACCUCUAACCCGGAUUGGUGGAUGCCUUCCGAAGAACAGAUCAACAAGGUUUUCAGCGAUGCGGUGGGACACGCCCGGCAAGGAAGGGCGGUGGGGACAUUCCUGCACAACGGGAACAUGUACUAUGAUGGGAUUGACCAACACAGUUGCCAUGAGGACCUCUUCGGUAGAGGUAUCCACGAUGGCUCCGGAGACUGA